AUGCCUUCUCUACUCUCAAUUGCAGCCGUCCUUAUUUCCGCUGCCUCUCUGGUGGCCGCUGUACCAACAGAGAAAGUCCCGCGAAUCGUCGGCGGAUCGCCAGCACCUGCGGAACAUGCCAAAAUCGUUCUCAGCAGCUCUAAUAAUGGCCAAAAGGGAUGCCAGGCUGUGUUGAUAGGCCCAAAAACUGCGAUUUCACCAAGGAAUUGCUUUCUAACGCCUCUCUCCAACUACACCCUGCGCACAGGGUCGCUUAAAUGGAACUCUGGUGGAACUAUACUUGAGAUUGAAUCGCAAGUUCUUCACCCGGAGCCCCCCGGCCUGGAAGGCAACAUUGCUGUGCUCCGCCUGAAGACUGCUAUUGAAGGAAAAGGCAUAGUCUAUGGCAAAUUGCCAGCUCAAGAUGCUGAUCCUGCUCCAGGUACCAGACUCAUGGUUUCAGGCUGGGGAGAAACUACUCCUGGCGGUUCACCCUCGAGCACUCUGCGGACUUUGCAAGCCUCCACACUUGCCCAUCAAGACUGUGGAAAUAAAUGGAUGGGCAAGAGGAUAGUCUAUUCCGAUGAUUUGUGCGCUUCUGGAGCGAGUGGUAAAUACGCUAGUGACGGUGAUAGAGGAAGCCCUUUAUUCGAUCCUUCGACUGGUAUAGUAUAUGGUUUCUUGAUCAGAAGCGGUUUGGGAGAACAUCCGGACUUGUACACCGACAUUGCCAGACUCUCUGAUUGGAUCAAAUCGCACAUGGCGUAA